AACCACAUACUUGUCUGAAACGGCACCAUUGCAUUCAACACCGCCCCUAAUUAAACAGCAACAGAUUUAUAGAAAUAUUCUUGGCCACCUUUCCCUCCCAACCAUCCACCGACUCUCCUCCCUUCCAAUCUCUCCUUAUAUUCCCACAUCAAAAACCUACAUUUACUAUUUUUUUUGGGUCUUUUCUCUCUUUUUUGAGCUGAUUUAUUGAUCUGCGUUGUCGCUGCCGCACCGCCGCCGCCACCACCAACACCAGUUAGGCGACGAGACACGACGUAAAUAAUAUUAUGGCGCGUGGUCUCCUCGCUUGCUUUGGAUCAAAAGGAGGAUCCCGCACGUCCCAUGAAAAGCCUGCUGCGGGGGCAACAGCGCAUGUCUCCGCUGAGGAGCAGCAGAGGAGCGGGCCGGUGCUGGUGGAGCUGUUCUCGUCGCAGGGCUGCAGCACCUCGCCGGUGGCAGAGCUGCUGGUGUCGAGGCUUGGGAGAGGGGAUUUUGAUGGGACGGACCUGCCUCCUGUGGUGGUGCUGGCGUUCCACGUGGACUACUGGGACUACAUGGGCUGGAAGGACCCAUAUGGGUCGAGCCAGUGGACUGUACGGCAGAAGGCCUAUGUCGAGGCCUUGGGUCUGGACACCAUGUUCACCCCCCAGAUUGUGCUUCAAGGUAGGGCCCAAUGUGUUGGCAAUGAUGAGGGUGCCUUGCUAACCUCGAUCAAGGAUGCACCUAGAUAUCCUGCACCCGCAUUCCAGGCAACAUUCCAAAGGCCAUCGCCGGACUCCAUGCAAGUAUCCCUAACAGGGUCAUUGAGGUCAAAGGUGGACAACUACGGUGUCAAUGUGAUGGUGGCGCUGUACGAGAACGGGCUGAUCACCGACUGCCCCAAGGGAGAGAACCAAGGACGUGUCCUGUCCAACGACUUCGUCGUCCGACGACUCGAAAAGCUCUGCACUGUCAAAGACAUUGCUGCAAAGAAGACCAUUUCCGGAACCAUCAACUUCUCCUUGUGGGAAGGUUUCAAUCCAGCCAAAUGUAGCAUGGCCCUCUUCGUUCAGAACCCUUCCCAUCAAAUUUUUGGUUUGCAGAACUUUCAGCUGCCGGACAACUGAUACGGAGGGCAAUUAUAUACAGGAUGUGUUCAUAGUAGGGUUACUCAUUUUUUUUCUUUUCUUUCAGUUUGUGUUUUUCCUUUCUUGUUUCUGCGAUUUGAUAUUUAGAAGAUGGGAGAGAAAUCUGCAUUCACGAUUAUAAAUAUUCUUUUCGGAUUUUCGAAUUUAAUUCUUUGAA